AUGGCGUCAGCCGAGUUCUUAGAGCAAGCUUUGUCUACAGACGUUGAUGAGAACGCAGUUAACGCGAUUGUUGGUUCGCUUGAAAAUCAAUUAGUGACGUCCGUCCCUUCACUACCAUCACAGAACAACAUAGUAAAUGUUAUUCCCAGUCAAGUUAACAUUACUUCGAGUGCAAGUUCUAUUAUUGGUGUUCCGAAAUACAACACGGGCCGUGUCAGUGAUGGUGAAGUAGAGAGUGUAAACUUUCAUUCAUCUAGUUCUAACAGUUUAUCUUUCACAAUCGUGCAAUCUUCUCAAUCAAAUUUUGUGUCGCAAAACUUGACUCAAACAAAUUCAAACGCUAGUGAGCAAUUAAAAGUGAUAUACUCUCAGACUCAUACAUUGCCUAAUUCUACAAGUCGAGUGACUUUUCCUGCUCAAUCUAUAGCGAACGGGUGCCUUAGUUUAUCAUCGCCUCAAAAUCAUAUUAUCCACACAAUUUCACAAAGCGGUGUUCCACAGUCUGGAGCAAAAACACUAACCAUGCAGCCUCCAUUAGUAAUUAAACAGGGAACGACUACAGGACAAGUGGGUAUGCAACCUGGAAUGGUUACAGUACCCAUGACAGUUAAUUCCAGUAUGCCUACUUCCAUACCCAAUGUUAUGACAAUCAAUAAACCUGGACAAAAUGUUGUGGUUACCACUCAGAAUUUAGGAUCGGGUCAACCUACGAUUUUACCCAAUGUACAAAUAUUGAAUAUGAGACCUGGAGCUCCAACUGUAGCGGCACAGAAAUCUGUAGCGACAGUGUCACCCAGGGUUGUGAUUGGAACACAACAAGUAGUUGGAGCAAGACCAGCGGCACCUGGUAUAACGCUGCAAACACUGCAAAGUCUACAGCAAGGGCAGCAGGGUCAUUUGUUGUUAAAGACUGAGAAUGGUCAAUAUCAACUGUUGAGGGUUGGUCCGGCUCCUGCUGCCAGCAACCUUACGGCGCCGCAGCCACAGACCCUCCGGCUGUCAACUGUGCCGGCACAUCCCGGCGUAGCGACAGUUUCCACAAGUGUUGCAGCACCAGGACCAAUGCCUGGACAAAUGCCAACUGGUCCUGUGGCGGCACCAGUAGCUGUUUCUACUAGCAUGCCAACUGCCACUCCGGCACCACAGCCACCUACUGUUACAACUCAAAAACCAUCGGACAACACAAAAGAAAAGUGCCGCAACUUCCUCGCGAACCUGCUCGACCUCUCUAGCAAGGAGCCAAAGUCUGUUGAGAGGAGCGUGAGAAACCUCAUCCAAGAGCUUAUAGAUGCACAGGUAGAACCGGAAGAAUUCUGCGAUAGGCUUGAACGGUUGCUGAAUGCCAGCCCUCAACCAUGCCUUAUUGGGUUUUUAAAGAAAAGUUUACCACUGCUGAGACAGUCUUUAGUUACCAAAGAAUUGGUGAUUGAAGGAAUAAACCCACCUGCAGCUCAUGUGGCUUUUUCCACAAUUCCUGCGCCUACACCGCAGGUGAUAACAGCUUCCAGCGUGCAAUUGCAGAAACCAGUACCAAAGCCCGGUGGCACUAUUGCUGUGCUGCAGAAUAUACCUGUUCACACUAAGAUAAAUGUGAGCAAAGUAGGCAAAACAAUGACCGUGAAUAGUAAGGCCAAUUUCGCUCGUCCUGCGUUACCAUCUGCAGCACUUUCCACUGUGCUUACUCCAGGAAAAUCACUUUUGAAGGAGAAAGAAAAGAAAUCCUCAAUACAGUUUUCAUCGCAGCCUUAUGUAGAUGACAAAAUGGCUGGUGAUGAUGAUAUCAAUGAUGUUGCAGCUAUGGGUGGAGUGAAUUUGGCUGAAGAAACCCAGAGAAUUCUUGGAUCUACAGAAAUGAUUGGAACACAAAUUAGGUCAUGCAAAGAUGAGUACCUAGUACCAAUGAGCUUAAUGCAAGCUAGGUUAAAAGCUAUGGCCCUUAAGCAUGGUCUUGACGAACCUUCUCCUGAAGUAGCAGGCCUUCUGAGCCAUGCAGUUCAUGAGAGGCUCAAAAAUAUUGUGGAAAAGUUGGCAGUUAUCGCGCAGCACAGGAUUGACUUGUUGAUCAAGACUGAUAGUCGUUACGAAGUUACGCAAGAUGUAAAGGGGCAACUAAAAUUCUUGGAAGAAAGAGAUCGCGUUGUAAAGAAGAGACGUGAGGACUCGGAAAGAGAGAUGUUAAUGCGUGCUGCCAAGUCACGUUCGAAGAAUGAAGAUCCCGAACAGGCGAAGUUAAAGGCUAAGGCGAAAGAAAUGCAGCGUGCGGAGUUGGAGGAGGUACGGCAGCGUGAGGCGAAUCUAACGGCUCUGCAGGCUAUUGGACCCCGUAAAAAACCCCGUCUUGGCGAGGGACCUGGAGGUUCAGGUGAUGCAGUUUCUAAUGGCAGUGGACAUACCGGAAAUGGUUUUACUGGAAGGAGUCAGCUGGCUCUUAGAACGCGCAUUAAGCGAAUAAAUCAUCGCGACAUGAUUUAUCUUUUGGAGCAAGAACGGGAAACAGCACACUCACCAAUGCUUUUCCGAAGUUAUUUGAAGUGA